CUUCGAAUAGACGGAGAGGAGAGAAAGCUCUGUCGCCGUGUGGAAAACAUUCUCAUUCUCUUCUUCGCCUCCAUGAAUCUCCUCAAAACCAUUCAUCACCAGUCCACCACUAAAUUUUACCGUUUUGCCACUACACACUCCUUUACUUCCUCUUCCUCUUCUCUGCUGUCACUCUCUCCACAAAGACCCAGAAUCUCUCUCCUUUCCACCUCCAACCGAAGCUCCUUCGCACUCUCGAGCAUCUCCAGCACCAGAGCUUCGUUCUCAGGUAACCAAGAGGAUGGGAAGAGAGAAGAGGGAGAUGAAUUGGUUUACCAGAAGACGCUGAGACUGGUGGAGUGCGCCAUGUUCGCUGCUGUCACCGGCCUCGUUUACUUCCUCAGCAACUCUCUCGCCAUCGAGAACUACUUUGGGUGUUUCUUUGCAUUGCCAAUAGUGAUCUCUUCGUUAAGAUGGAACAUCGCAGGCGGCAGGAAGACAAUGGUUGCUACUGUCAUGCUCUUGUUCAUAUUAUCAGGUCCGGUCAAAGCUUUAACUUACUUUCUUAUGCAUGGUCUUCUGGGGCUUGCCAUUGGUUCAUUGUGGAGGAUGAAGGCAAGCUGGCGUCUCUCCAUUUUCUUGUGCACAAUGGUCCGAGCAUUGGGUCUCAUAGGAUAUGUUUUGACAUCAUCCUUCUUAAUAAGAGAAAACAUUCUUGCUGUGAUCACAAUCAACAUCCACGCCUCACUCUCUUAUGUUUUCACCGCCAUGGGCCUGAACCUAAUGCCUUCCAUGAGCCUCAUCUAUAUGAUAUUCGGAACAGUGCUGUUGCUAAACAGUGGAUUCUUUGUGCUGUUGCUGCAUAUCCUCUACUCAAUCUUCCUCACAAGACUUGGGAUGAAAUCUUCGUUGAGGUUACCUGCCUGGUUAGACAAAGCAAUAUGAUGGUAUUCACAGGAUCCACACAGAAACAGAAAGCAGAGUUGGUGGUAGAUUUUGUGUAGAGCAUCUCUGGUGGAGCAUAUUUUUGUAAAACUUGUAGUGCUGAAGCAAAUCCAAACCCCAAACAAAAAUUUGUUUAUAAUCUGAUCAGUACUGUAAUUUUCAUAUCAAACACUCAGAAACCGAACAGAACUAUAAUCAUGAACUCCAUUGUAAAUGGGGGAAUGUGGGUCACCUGAGGUGACUCACCUUCCUUAGGUCCACUCGAAAUCAUCAGUCAAUGGAGCAGACUGAUCAAA